AUGCCUAUCGACCCCGUCUCCAGCGGUGUUGGCUCCGCCAGCAAAGCCAGCGAUACAGCGACCGGUACAGCAACCGGUGCGACCAAUACAGCGAGCAGCGCAGCCAAAUCCACCACCAAAAAGCCGAUCAAGAAAGUUCAAAAGACCGCCAAACCCGUUACCAGCGACCCCGACAUUCCCGGGAGAUUUCCCAAGGAGAAUGAACCUCGCAGGCCUGACCCACCUCCGCCCAAUUUCAGCGCCGGUGGUAUCUGGGCAUCUAUCAAAGCAUGGUUCGCAUCGUUUGUGCCGUGGGCCUUUGAUUGGUUCGAGAUCUUCGUCCAGGGCUUGAUCAAUAAGUACUUCCCGGCACCGAAGCAGGCCGCAAUGUACGAGAAGAUGCUGCAGCGUCCGAUCGCUUCGACCUUUCUCAUCUGUCAGAUGAUCUGUCUUGGGGUGCCGUUGCUGGUCUUCUUGCUGGGCGUGUUUUUGUUUGCGAUCAUUGCGGUGUUGCUGUGGAUUGUGUUGGCGCUGCUGAUCCUGGGACCGGUCUUGCUGGUGGCUAGUAUGAUGGGUGUUUCGCUUUGGGGUUGGGGCUGGGUGUUUUACGGGUUGAUCAAGUUCCUGGACCGGAAAUUCCUUGGUGGAGUGAUCAUGCGCACUUGGGCGUUGAAUGCGAAGACCGAGGAUGGCGAGAAGGAGAGCGAGAAAGAGGAGGCGGUCGGAGGAGAUGGGGAUGAGAAGAAUGAACAAUGA